AUGAAGUCUCUUCUUUCGCUGGCACUCUUGCCACUAGCAUUAAUCGCCCGUACUAGUGCCGCCCCCAACUGUCGUUGCAUGCCAAGCGACGCCUGCUGGCCAUCAAAUAACGCUUGGGCUUCGCUGAACAAGACCGUUGACGGAACCCUCAUCAAGACCGUGCCCAUUGGAUCACCAUGCCACGAUCCCACUUACGACGCGGAUGCUUGCGCAGCCUUGCAGAGCGCUUGGAUGUUGCCACAGACUCAUAUCGAGUCAUCGUCCUCGGUAAUGCAGCAGUUCUUUGCCAACCAGAGCUGUGACCCCUUCUUGGCACAGAGUCGUCCCUGUCUUGUUGGAAAUUAUCCCAGCUACGCUGUCAAGGUCUCCAACGCCCGGCAAGUCGCGGCUGCAGUCCGCUUCGCCAACGACAACAAUAUCCGUCUAGUUAUUCGUAACACAGCACACGACUACUUUGGUCGCUCCACUGGUGCAGCCUCCCUUGCUAUCUGGACACACCAUCUCAAGACCAAGGAAGUCGUCGAAUGGGCCGAUAACCUCUACCGUGGUCCCGCGUUCAAGCUAGGCGCAGGUAUCCAAGGUGCCGAGGCUGUCGAGUUUGCCAACGCCAACGGCCUCACUGGUGUUCCCGGCGAGUGUCCUACUGUUGGUCUUGCUGGUUUCACUCUAGGCGGCGGCCACUCUCCUCUGAGCACUAGCUUUGGCCUCGGCGCCGACAACACCCUCGAGUUUGAGGUUGUUACUGCCGCGGGCCGCAUCGUCCGUGCCUCUGCCAAAGAGAACAGUGAUUUGUACUGGGCUCUGAGCGGUGGCGGCGCUGGAAACUUUGCCAUUGUGACGUCCAUGACUCUUCGCGCUCACAAGACGACUACCAUCGGCGGUGCUACCCUGACUCUGGGUGCAGGAACAGACAAGGAUGUUUACUAUGCUGCUCUUACCAAGUUCCACGAGCUUCUGCCUGCCAUGGUCGACCUUGGUCCUACCGUCGUCUACCUCAUGACUGCUGCUGGUCUUUCCAUCAAGCCUGUCACCCUUGCUAACUCAACUGGCGACUAUGUCCGUGACAAGGUUCUUGCUCCUUUCACCGACUACCUCACCAAGAAUGGCCUGAAGUUCAGCGUGUCUUAUACCACAUUGGGUUUCCGAGACCACUAUGAACUCUACAACGGCCCUCUUCCCAACGGCCAUAUCGAGGCGUCUCAAUUCCAGUACGGCGGUCGUCUGAUUCCUCGAUCUGUUCUCGAGAACGAUAACGUCGCCUUCAACAAGGUCAUCCGCAGCAUUUUAUCCAACGGUCUUGUCAUGGCUGGCAGCAGCGGUACUUUCAAGGCUCCUAAGGGUGUGUCGAAUGCCGUUCUCCCUGCUUGGCGCAAGGCUAUCAUGUCGUUGCAGAUGGGUACUCUCUGGGAUGUUACACGUUGGGACGACAUGCUUGCCGACCAGAAGAAGAUCACCGAGGUUUACAUGCCUCAGAUCAUCGCUGUGACUCCUGGCAGUGGAACAUACAUGAACGAGGCCGACUUCAACCAGCCCAACUGGAAGGAGACCUUUUACGGCACCAACUAUGAUCGUCUUCUGACUAUCAAGAAGAAGUGGGACCCCAAGUCUGUGCUCUACAACUGGAGGGGUGUUAACAGCGAGGUUUGGAAUGUUGCAAAGGAUGGCCGCAUGUGCCGGGCAUAA